UCUACGUCAGCGCGUCUCGACGUAGCGUAGGAGUGCCAGUGACAGUGCCGUUUCUUCAGCUCCUGUUUACCUCGCUGUUCCUAAUCUCGGCGUUUUUCAAAAGACAAAAACAGUGGUCGUUAUGGCGGACCCUCGAGUACGGCAAAUUAAAAUUAAAACUGGUGUAGUGAAGCGGUUAGCGAAAGAAGAAGUUCUGUAUAUAAAAGAAGCCAAACAGCAAGAAGAAAAGAUUGAGCGUCUAAAGACAGAAGCAGCAGACGAAUAUGUCAUUAAAAAACAGAUGGAAGUCCUGCAGGAAUCACGGAUGAUGAUCCCAGAUUGUCAUCGGCGUUUGGCUAUGGCCCAUGCAGAUCUUUCACAGUUAUUAGAAACAGAGGAAGAUUUGGCAGAGUUAGAAGAAUACAAAGAAGCAAGAAGUAUACUGGAUUCUGUGAAGCUGGAGGGAUGAAACUGCACACGUACUUAAAUGCAUCCCAAGUGUCCAUUCCGUAGUCGGAUCUUGUAUAAGCAAAUGAAUACAUAGAAAACGCUCUAAGAAAUCAUUUUCUAUUUGUGUGUUUAAGAAAUUGCAACCUAAAUGAUAUCAAAACCCUUGUCUUGAGUGUGCAAGUCCCCACAAACAUCAAAUAAACAUUUUUCCUAA